AUGGCGACCACCUCGAAUAUGUUCCUGUACUCGCUGACGAUCCAGCAGCCAACGACAAUCACGCAAGCGCUGUUGGGUCAGUUCUCGGGGACGAAGGAGCAGCAAAUCAUCACGGCUUCGGGCUCUCGCCUAAACCUUCUUCAACCCGAUCCCAGGCAGGGAAAGGUUAAUACCCUGAUAUCGCACGAUAUCUUUGGUAUCAUUAGGGCCAUCUCUUCCUUCCGCCUUGCCGGCAGCCACAAAGACUACAUUAUCCUCGCUACGGACUCGGGCCGCAUUGCCAUCAUCGAGUACCUGCCCAAGUUGAACAGAUUCUCGAGGAUUCACCUGGAAACGUUUGGAAAGUCCGGGGUGCGCCGCGUAAUCCCCGGCCAGUACCUGGCUGCCGACCCAAAAGGAAGGGCCUGCCUGAUCGCGUCGGUCGAAAAGAACAAGCUGGUCUACGUGCUGAAUAGGAAUGCCCAGGCCGAGCUUACCAUUUCAUCGCCACUCGAGGCCCACAAGCCUGGCGUACUUGUGCUGUCGCUCGUUGCUCUCGAUGUUGGCUACGCCAAUCCCGUCUUCGCCGCCCUGGAGAUGGAUUAUUCCGAAGCUGAUCAGGACCCGUCUGGCAAAGCUGCCCAGGAGGCCGAAGCGCAGCUUGUCUACUACGAACUCGACCUAGGUCUCAACCACGUUGUACGUAAAUGGUCAGAUGCGGUUGAUCCGACCUCGUCACUCCUCUUUCAGGUUCCCGGGGGCAAUGAUGGGCCGAGCGGCGUUCUAGUCUGUGGAGAGGAGAAUAUCACCUACCGACACUCCAACCAGGAGGCGUUCCGGAUCCCCAUCCCCAGACGUCGCGGGGCUACAGAAGAUCCUCAGAGGAAGCGUACCAUUGUCUCAGGCGUCAUGCAUAAGCUCAAAGGCAGUGCGGGCGCCUUCUUCUUUCUGCUUCAGACUGAGGACGGAGACCUGUUCAAGGUUACCCUCGAUAUGGUCGAGGACAAUGAAGGGAACCCCACGGGCGAAGUCGCGCGCCUCAAGAUCAAGUACUUUGACACCAUUCCCACAGCCUCCAGUCUGUGUAUUCUGAAGAGUGGUUUCCUCUUUGCCGCCAGCGAAUUUGGCAACCAUCACUUUUACCAGUUCGAGAAGCUCGGCGAUGACGAUGACGAGCCCGAAUUCAGCAGCGACGACUUCCCAACGGAUCCUCGAGCUUCUUAUAAUCCUGUGUAUUUCCAUCCGCGGCCGCUAGAGAACCUGGUGCUCGUCGAGAGCAUCGACUCGAUGAACCCCCUGAUUGACUGCAAAGUGGCUAAUCUGACGGGCGAAGAUGCGCCCCAGAUUUACUCAGUCUGCGGCAACAGAGCCAGGAGCACUUUUCGGAUGCUCAAGCACGGUUUGGAGGUGUCCGAGAUCGUUGCAUCUGAACUUCCAGGCACACCUUCGGCCGUCUGGACAACGAAACUCACAAAAUACGACGAGUUUGAUGCUUAUAUUGUGCUCUCCUUUACCAACGCCACCCUUGUUUUAAGCAUUGGCGAAACUGUGGAGGAGGUCAGCGAUAGCGGUUUUCUAACAGCUGUCCCAACCCUGGCGGUACAACAGCUGGGUGAGGAAGGGCUGAUCCAAGUACACCCCAAGGGGAUCCGGCAUAUAGUCCAGGGCCGCGUCAACGAGUGGCCAGCACCCCAGCACCGAUCGAUCGUCGCUGCUGCAACAAACGAAAAUCAGGUUGUAAUCGCUCUAAGUUCCGGAGAGAUUGUGUACUUCGAGAUGGAUGCGGAUGGGGCACUUGCCGAGUACGACGAGAAGAAAGAAAUGUCGGGGACCGUCACAUCCCUCAGCUUGGGUAGGGUGCCAGAAGGGUUGAGGCGAAGCUCGUUCCUGGCUGUGGGUUGUGAUGACUGCACUGUCCGCAUCCUCAGUCUCGACCCAGAGUCGACCUUGGAGAUGAAGUCCAUCCAGGCCUUGACAGCGGCCCCUUCCUCUCUUUCUAUCAUGGCGAUGGAGGAUUCGACCGGUGGCACGACAUUGUAUCUACACAUUGGCCUGCAUUCUGGAGUCUAUCUAAGGACUGUCCUGGACGAAAUCACCGGUGAGCUAACGGACACUCGACAAAAGUUUCUAGGGCCGAAGUCCACCAAGCUUUUCCAAGUGUCUGUUCAAAAGCAGCCUUGUGUCCUUGCUCUCAGUUCGAGGCCGUGGCUGGGCUACACUGAUCCCAUCGCCAAAAACUUCGUCAUGACACCUUUGAGUUACGCCGAUCUCGAGUACGGCUGGAAUUUCAGCAGCGAACAGUGCCUGGAAGGCAUGGUUGGUAUCCAUGCCAACUACUUGAGGAUCUUCACCAUUGAGAAACUGGGCGAGAACAUGAUUCAAAAGUCCAUCCCGCUCACAUACACACCGAAGCGCCUGGUCAAGCACCCAGAACAGCCGUACUUUUACACUAUCGAAUCCGACAAUAACACGCUCCCCCCAGAACUGCAGGCUCAGCUCCUGGCGCAAUCAAGUGCUGUGAACGGAGAUGCAACUGUUUUGCCACCAGAGGACUUUGGUUAUCCUCGAGCCAAAGGUAGAUGGGCGUCGUGCAUCAGCAUUAUUGAUCCAAUCAGUGAAGAACCCAAGGUUCUCCAGAAAAUCGAUUUGGAGGGCAAUGAAGCCACCGUGAGCGCCGCUGUUGUUCCCUUUGCAAGCCAAGAAGGCGAGAGCUUUCUCAUCGUUGGAACCGGAAAGGACAUGGUGCUCAACCCACGUCAAUUCACCGAGGGCUAUAUCCACGUCUAUCGGUUCCAUGACGACGGCAGAGACCUGGAGUUCAUUCACAAGACCAAAAUUGAAGAGCCUCCGAUGGCCCUGAUCCCAUUCCAGGGCCGUCUUCUUGCCGGCAUAGGGAAGAUGCUGCGAGUGUACGAUCUUGGCCUCAAACAGCUGCUCAGGAAAGCCCAGGCGGAGGUGGCCCCUCAGUUGAUCGUGUCGCUCCAGACGCAGGGCAGCCGCAUUGUUGUUGGGGAUGUCCAACAAGGUGUUACCUACGUGGUGUAUAAGCACGAGAGUAAUAAACUUAUUCCGUUCGCCGAUGACACGAUUAACCGGUGGACAACUUGCACCACCAUGGUUGACUACGAAUCGGUGGCCGGAGGAGACAAAUUCGGCAAUGUGUGGAUCCUACGAUGUCCCGAAAGAGCCAGCCAGGAAAGUGAUGAGCCGGGCUCGGAAAUCCAGCUUAUCCAUGCCCGCAAUUACCUCCAUGGCGCACCUAACCGCCUCAACUUGAUGGCACAUUUCUAUACGCAGGAUCUGCCGACGAGCAUCGUCAAGACAAACCUGGUUGUCGGUGGUCAAGAUGUCCUGCUGUGGAGCGGGAUCCAGGGCACAGUCGGCGUCCUUAUUCCGUUCGUUAGCCGGGAGGACGUCGACUUCUUCCAGAACCUGGAAAGCCACAUGCGAAGUGAAGACCCUCCGUUGGCGGGUCGUGACCAUCUGAUCUAUCGCGGAUAUUAUGUUCCUGUGAAGGGGGUUAUUGACGGCGAUCUCUGUGAGAGGUUCAGUCUGCUUUCGAAUGACAAGAAGCAGCUGAUUGCCGGCGAGCUGGACCGGUCGGUCCGGGAGAUCGAGCGCAAGAUCUCGGAUAUCCGGACCCGGUCUGCCUUCUAA